UUUCUAACCCCCAACUAUGGACUCACACGGAAGCUAUGACAACUAAUCAACAACGCGACCAUAUAGUGUGUGAUUUCUGUGAAUACACGACCUCAGGUACAGUGAUAUGCGAGGUUUGUCUACUUAAGUACUGUGACGGCUGCUUUGAAACGUAUCAUCCGAUGAAUGGGCCGCUGUCCGAACAUCAAGUUACUCGGACCCGCACAGACACCGAUCAGGAAAAAUGUCCUCUUCACAACGAAAGAUGUUUACACUUCUGUGUCACCUGCUCGAAACGAUUGUGCCCUCAUUGUCUGGUGAUAACGGGCUCGACCAUAAAUGAGUUUCUGAUGCGGCCACACCAGUUUCAUGACAUCCUGACCACCGAGCAACACAUUGAGAAACAGAAAAAAAAACUCCUGGAACAGAUUGAGAAGGUCAGUCACGCGAUUGCAUUGGCCGAAAUUGACGAGAAAAGCAUCGAGGACAGAAGGAUUGAGCUUGAGCUAUCAUGGCUGUCGUACAAGCAGCAGGUGCGCCAGGAGUUCGUGUCUCUCCAUGAUCUCCUCUUAGACAGAGAGAAGGAUCUCCUGGACAAGAUGCAGAAGUGUGUUGAGGAAUCAUUGGAGUCGAUGACGUCACUGGAAGAUCUGCAGAAGACGUUCACGGCGCAGGAGGCAAUCUUAACGGAAGAAAAUAUCAAACUGGUCCAAGACAGGUCCAAGGUCAGAUUCCUCAAUGAAUACAAGAACACUAUCCAACGGUGCGAGGAGCUGUAUGACAACGCCCGACUGAUGCCGAAUGUAGAUGACAUCACACCAACCUUCCUCAAGAUGCCCUUCAGCCUCCUGGAGGAGAAGCUACACUUGGAGAACGCACUCCAGUUUCAGGCUUACGACGAAGCUUGUGUGGAACCCAAAAGCCGCAUGGCGUAUGUCGAUUCGAACGAGCUGGAGAAACCCAUGAGGUGUUUCGACUUGUGGGACCCUCCUUCCAGCGUCCCCGCCUCCACCGUGUGUGUGUACAACGUAGAAGUCAGGACAAAUAACUGCUCUGAAGCCAUCAAGUAUACGAACCUGCCCAUCGACGACUUCGUCUUCAACAGUAUCGGCAGGGUGGACUUGCAGCCGAGGCGGAGAUACGUCCUGAAAGUAGUCCCGGUGUACACGUGUCGCGGCUGCGGAGGGACGGAGCACACCAUGGAUGGUCUUCCGGUUUAUAUCAUGGUGUUGACAGGUCCUCCGCCCCCGAAGUCUGAUCUUCUGAAGAGGAUUUCCUAUUUUAAUACACAUUGCUUGAAACCCAAACCAGUGUUCGGCGCCCCAGCCCCCAAAUGCGACACCCAGGUGACGCCCGAGGGCAAGUUCCAGAGCAAGUCGUUAUUUUUCAACCACAUUAGCUUUGAGGAGGCGCGGGUUAAAGAACAGGAGGUCGUGGGCCAGUCUGACACUGUCACCGGAUGUGACGUUGAUGACAAGUCUGGAACAGUGUUAGAUGAAGGACGAUUCCAAGUUUCUGGUAGACAUAUUAAGGAUUUUAGUUUUGAGGAAACACGUUUCCAUAACACGGAAUCUGAAGCAGGCGUGAAUGGCCGCCAUGUCAGUUUUGUUCUGGACGACAACAGGUACCAAACAGAGGAACAGUUCUUGUCUCACCACAGUUUUGAGGUACACACACGAGUGUAGGUAUCACGACCUCGAGAUGCUGGCCUCUACUACACCCUCUGCACUCCGAAUUGGAUAUCAGGAACAAGGAGGUGCUUCAAGCUAAAUGUAUGUGAUGGCAUCUGUCUUUUCAGUACAACAUCCGAUAGAAGGAAAUCUCCGGGAAGGUUUCUGGUCAUAAGCAGCAUCAGCCUCAGUGCCAUCAGGUACACGUGAUGAAGCUUCAUCCACCCUCAGUACACACUGCUCAUGGCAACGUAACGGCAUGGUUAUGAGAUACGGAGAUUAAGGAUGAACCGGAGAUCAUGGUACUAAAAUGAAGAGAACGUGAUAGCGUUAUCUUGACAGUAACCAUUAGAAACAUUUUUCAGCUUGAUAUCGGAAGAAAGUACAAAGUAACACACGAUCACGGGGUGGGGUUUCCACAGGGUGGGGUUUGUCGAAAACCACUUUUUUUGUUCUUUUCUUUUCUUGGGUACUGACAGCACAUGUUAUUACAAUAGAAUAGUACCUUAUGUUGGUCAGUAUGCGUAUGUGAAGUUAAUAUAUUGUGGUACAUAUUAAACACAUGUAGGAUAGGCAGAUUUGUCAGUACAGUAUGGUUUUGCAAAAAGGUUGUGGCAUUACGACCGGAAGGUCUUAAAUUUAUCGUAUUCACAUUUCGUGUAUGAUACAUAUUUUUGAGUAUGAUAUAAGCUUAAGAGAUAUUUUUAGUUCGGAAAUAUUAGGGAAAGAAUUUGAAUUUUUUAAGUAGAUAUAUUGCUCUGUUGCAAUAUAAAUUAUUUUCAAGGCGUCAUUACGUUUGCUUUAAAUUAAAAUAUAUUGUGAUUUUUAUCAGUAUAGUACUAGUUCUAUUCUCCUCUUUUCCUUGUAAUCGUCGAAUAUAACUAUAUUGAUUAAAUGAGGGCCCAUAUUUUGGAACAAAGCUUGUCAAUAUUUUGUUCAAUAUGAUAUGUAUGUAUGUGUGAUCAAAGUAAACUUUUCACAUUCCUGGCCGUUAGACAUAAAUCAUGGUUACCAUAGCAGCAUGUACAUCCUUUUUACCAUAUUCGUUACUUCAAAAUGUGAUUCAUUUCCAAAUCUCAUGUCUUCUCGCACUGAAUGUGACUUACCCUUUUCUCGAAUACCGGGUGUCAUCACUGAUUGUCAGUGAUCCAUUCAUACAAUAGUCACCGUUAGUUUGCUGUCUACGCCCAGUGGCAUCUGUUUCGGCGGAUAAUUGAGACUGGAUAUUCUCCAGCGUUAACGUUUAAUUUCACUAACAAUAGGUUGUGACGUCAUUGUAAGUUCUGUACAUAAUUGAAACACGUUAGGAUGUCACAAUUGUUUAUCAACUUGAUGUCCCCCAAUCUUCAUCAUGACCUUGAGAGCGAUUGCGCUUGUCAAAGUAGGGUCGGGGUAAAGGAUGUAUGAUUAGAUAGAGCCAUUUGUUAAACUUCCCUUCCCUGUAAUGAGGCCGUGGGGCCUUUGGAACUUUGAUGAUACAACUUGUGAUAUCCCCUGACUGCAGUUUAAGGACCUUUGUCGAUACGAACCAUUACACGAGGAAUGGUAACGUUACAAAGAGCCAAGGGAACAUCCAAUAAAUUAGUUAAGUGUUUGAACAGGCAAAAUCGUGGAUUAGCAAUAGGUCUCGCUUUGAGACAGCGAUAUCAAUGAAGCUAGGCUUUCAAGUCGAUUAAGAAAAGGGCUACUUUAAUAUAUACGUCAAAGUAAGGAGUCUUUGGCAAGUUCUUCUAGAAAUGUUGGGUAACAUGGCUCUCUUAAAUUAGCCUUUGGGUUGUUUUGAUUAUUGGAAAAGAAUGAUGCAGUUGUUGUAUAAACUGAAGAAAAUAAAUAAGGGAACAGUUGUGAAUGAAAAAUGUUUUCGGAAUACAUAUAUGCAUGGAUAAAGCACAUGAUCUGUUUUGACGUCGUACUGACUGGCUGGUUAGCUACCAAUUGUUCCAAUGCUUUCAUCUUUUGCGACGGUAUUGUGACGCCGUAUGAACACAUUGUCGCAAAAGUUAGAGAUGACUUUAUCCAUUCUUUAUGACGUAACAAGCGUCAUGUGAUUGAGUUGUCUACACUUGCGAUCAGGAAACUCACAUUUCUUUUCAUUUUGUUCACAAAAAGACCAUACAGUCGAACCUCGUUGUGUAGAACUAGUGGGGACCUGAAAAAAUGUUAUCUGUGGUUCCCAAAUGAGUUCGAGACAACCGGGAAUUCGACACAUCCAUUUGGACAGAUCCGAGUAUAAAUGAUGAUAAAUAUUGAGGAAGUCACAGGUACAGGAAGGUGAGUUCGAGACAAUCGGGAAUUCGACACAUUCAUUUUGACAGAUCCGAGUAUAAAUGUUGAUAAAUAUUGAGGAAUUCACAGGGACCGGAAGGUGAGUUCGAGACACUCGGGAUGUCGCAAUGUCCAAUUUCGACACAGCGAGGUUCGAAAGUACAUAAUAUUGAGAAUAACAAACUCGCAACUCGUAUGAUCGCCCCCUUCUAAUUAAAUGCAAGAGCUCGCAACUCACAAAAUGAAUUCAACCGGGGCUGAUAAUCUGAAAAUCAUCGUGGCUCAUAAGUUGUCCUCUAAGCUUGUCCCUGUACCGCGAAGAAAGGCAGAACUUGCUUGAACACCUGCUACGAACAUUUCACUCGGUGAAUUACAUGGUUGAUAUGAAGGAUUUCUGUUGAAGACAUACUGCAAUAAUAUUAUGUGUUGCCUUACUAUUCUUCAUCAGCAUUAUGUAAAUUAAUGAUUUUUAUCCAUGUAGGCAUGUCACUCGUUUCAUUUAUUUAUGUAUCUAUUAUCUGUAUAUUAUGAUAUUAGUUUCGCUGGAUAUUCAAAUAUACUGUUGUUUACAUGGCAGCUCUUUUAAGAUUAUAACAGUAUAAAAUUACGUAAUCUGAGUUUGAGCUAGAGUUAAUGUAUGGUUUGUACAUCAUUUUGGCGUCACUGAGACAAUGUGACUCCAAUAAACAAUUCAUGGGACAUGUUGCUUUAUGUACUCACCGUUUCAAAUGAGACAUCUUUAUAAACAAUUUAUUUUAUGAAGUGUUUUUUUCAAUGAUUGAAUAAAAGUUCACAAGUU